GAAAGAUCAUCUGAUGUGGCAGGGAGGAGCUUACAGUCAAUAUACACUUGUGCUGUAUUUCUGCGUCAAUAGUGCUUUCUCUAGACCAGGAAGUGGGCUGGACUGAGCUUCACGGCAGAGGAUCUGAAGAGCACUGUAUAUCUGACCUUCGGUUUUUCACAGCACUAUUAUGGAAAGUCAGAGGAGAUCAUUUGGAGAUGAUACUUCCAUUUCGCCUGAGUUGGACCGCUUGAUCAGACAGAGAGGUCGAGAUCUACGGCUGCGUAAGCUUGACCAGCAGAAUGCUGUGAAGAUAGUCAACCAUCUGAUCGACAGCCUGCUGGAAUUUCUGAAGAAUAAUGAUGAUCAGCCCUUCUUCAGGGACAUCUCAGUUCUCACCAGUGGAAGCUAUUACGAGAUGGUGAAGAUCAACAAACCCAAUGAAUUUGACAUUAUGCUGAAACUGAAAGUCCCAAGGCUUGUACUAUCAGAACUGGAUGAAUAUCAAGGACUGUUUUAUAAGAUAAUGCUGUCCAAAGCCACACGAACCGAAAUCCAGCACUUUCUUCUAGAAGAUGACCGGACCAUCUCAGCAACCAAAAUCAAAGCAGAAAUGUACCGCUUGGUCCGCAAAUUCAUAAGCAACCAUUUUAAAGGUGAAGGUUGGGUGAUACGCAGAAGUCUGGUUAAUUCACCAGCGGUGACCCUUGAAUUUAAGGCAAAAGAGAAAGACGAUUAUGUGAUGUCUGUGGACAUCGUACCUGCUCUUGAGGUGCCACAAGGUUGGCCACAAGCAGCACGGGCAGGCCCUAAUAUAAAAAAUUGGCUUGGAAAAAAAAAUUGUCGCCAGUUAGUGAGUAAGCCUGUGUAUUUUGUCCCAAAGAGACCCAAAGGAAGAAACCUCAAAGAUGAUGCCAAAGAGAGCUGGCGGAUAUCCUUCUCUCACAUUGAAAAAGAGAUGAUCCAGUAUCACGGCAAUAAGAAGACGUGUUGUGAAAGUUAUUCCAAUAAGUGUUGUCGGAAACUUUGUUUGCGGCUUCUGAAGUGUCUGAUUGAGGGACUGAAGCAGCAGUAUCCCAAGGAGCUUGAGUCUCUGUGUUCCUAUCAUGGAAAAACAGCCUUCUUCCACGUCCUUUCAGACAGAGUGCAAGAUUCCCUUUGGUCUCCAGGCCAGCUGUCCGUCUCCUUCAUGAAGGUCUUUCGAUACUUUGAGCGAUGCGCAAUGAAUGGUUCACUACCUCACUUCUUCGUCCGUGAACAUAAUCUUUUCUCCCCACCUGCAUUUCCCAAGCGAGCUAUUGUAUUUCUGGCCAAUGUUCUGACGGAGCAAAGAGAAUUGGGGCUUCCUGCCUUGAAGGCGCCAAGUCCUACAUCUGCUCUCGUUCCUGCUGUGAUUCACCCAAUCAGUGGCACGGACAGUAUUGUUGCCUCUGAACGUUUUUUUAAGCACAUAUAUGUAUGCUUAUUAGUUAUUAUCGUGUGUGUAGGAAUCGGAUGUUUAUUUAAAAAAUGAAUAACGAUUUAUUUAUUUAUUUUUUGAAACCUCUCCGGAUGUGGAGAGGUGUUUAAUGUGCAUAAAUGAACUAUAUGUAAAGUCUGGUUUUAUAAAUGCAUUUUAUUUUGUGUCAGAAUAUAGUGCCAUAUUUCAUUUGGCAGGAAUGAAAACAAGGGAUAAGUAGAAUGACUCUUCAUACUGAUUGUUCAGCUCAAUAAAGCUCAACAAACAAGAUAUCAUAUC